UUUGCUCAAUCGUGCGAAUUAACACUUUCCUCUCUCAUCUCUUCUUCUCCGAUUUGAUAAACACAAAGAAGGUUUAGGGUUUAAGGCUGCUCAUCCUCGAUUCACACAGGUUUGUUGCCAUGGCAUCGAAUAAGAAGAAGAAGGAUACUGAGCUUUGUGAUUUGCCCAAGGAUCUUGCACCUCACAUCCUCUCUUGGUUACCAACCAAGACAGCUGUUACUGUGUCUCUUCUGUUUAUGAAAGGAUGGUGGAGAAUUGACAUGAAGAAUCUUUCAAGGUUGAAGUUUUCUUUUAGUGAUGAUCAAGAGGAAGAUCAUUUCGUGCGAUUUGUUUCUCAAGUGUUGAGGCUGAGAGGAUGCAACCGUAAGUUAGAUAGUUUCUCGCUGACGCUUAAUGACGAGAUCGAUGGAGGAUUUACAACUCGUUUGGUAGAUUAUGCAUUGGGCAAUGCAUUAGAGAAGCUAAAGCUUUCUAUAUAUGGAAUUAGAGGAGAUUUCCUGCUGAGUCGAAGAGUGUUUUCGCAAGCUAGUCUUGUAACUUUGAAGCUAGCAACUAACCGUGGUUUGAUUUGGAUAAAUGAAGAUGAUGUAGCUUCUGUUCAUCUUCCGUGUUUGAAGACUCUGUGGCUUGACGACGUUCUAGUUGUUAAUUCUGAAGUGUUUGUUAGACUCUUAUCCGGCUGUCCAAUACUAGAGGAACUCGUGAUGAUAGAUAUGAAGUGGCAAAGAUGGGAAGCCUGUUUUGUGGUCAGUGCAAGUUUGAGAAGAUUGAAGAUAAUCUGGACGGGUUAUUUGGAAAUGGAUGAAUUUGAGAGAUGUCCUCGGAGUGUGUCGUUUGACACCCCGAAUCUCUUGUACUUGGAGUACACUGAUCAUAUUGCUGGGCAAUAUCCAGUACUGAAUUUUUCUUCACUUAUUGAAGCCAAGAUCAGACUUGAAAUGAUCGAUGAGAGAGAAGAAGAAGAUGAGGAAGAAGAUGAGGAAGAAGAAGUGAUUGUUGGUGAUAAUGCCACAGCCUUUAUCACAGGAAUAACAAGUGUUCGAAGACUCUAUUUAUAUGUGAACACUAUUCAGGUCCUUCACUACAACUUCGAUCCUCCAAUUCCUGAAUUUGUAUCCUUGUCUCACCUGACUAUUCAGAGUGACAAAACUCUAGGCUGGGACGCGAUUCCAGAGCUGCUCAGUAGCUGUCCACAUUUGGAAACCCUCGUCUUGGAGGGGCUCUUCCACUUAGCCACCGAUGGUUGUGGUGAUGUGUGUCCCUGCAGGAGGAACGACGAGCAUGUAGACUCUUGUCUAGUAACAUCUCCUGUUACUCACCUAGAGAUAUACGAAGGAGUUGUUGAGAAAGGGAGAGGAGAAGUUACUGAGGAUGUAGCCCGAUUUGUUGAGCAAAUGAGGUGGUUUAUGAUGAGAAUGCCACAACUCCAACAAGUGAAGAUAUAUGGGCAAACAGAAGAUAGCGUUACCGCUUUUUACGACAUUGCCACUGAACUUCGGAGACUUGAAGGAAAAGCUUCCCCAAAGGUUCAGAUAUCUGUAGUCCAAGCUUAAGCAAAGACGUCUCUCACCUCUCUCUUUUGAUUACCCCACUUGAAGAAAAGGAUUUAUAGGAGUAAUUGACAUAAGUUGAAAGUUUCUCUCUGUUUGAUGUUGGUAUUUCUGUUUCGUCUCUGUUUUGACGCGUAUGAUUGUAGGAGAGUAAUUGUGACAUCUGGACCAGAGUCGACAGUCUUUUGUCCCUUGUGACAUCUGGACCAAAGUUGAAAGUCUUUUGUCCCUUCUAUUACAUGAUGAUACUUUUGUGUGCAUAUAAUGAUUCAAUUUUAUGGCUCUGGACGGGUAA